AUGACAGCUGAGGACUUCACAGCCAGGACCGCUGCCUUUUUGCAGUGGUUCAGAGCUCUCCCUGGUGCUACAUUUUCCGAUGCCAUCGAGAUUGUUGACCUGAGAUCCCGUGACGCAGGUCGUGGAAUAGUUGCUCUUCGCGAUAUUCCUGCUGACACGACCCUUUUCACGAUACCCCGGGAUGCAAUUAUUAAUUCUGACACGUCAUCCUUGAGAGAGAAGCUGCCGGAAUUGUUUGAGAGUCAAGGGGAUGAAGAUGAGCAGCAGGCCCUGGACUCCUGGAGCGCCUUGAUCCUGAUCAUGAUGUAUGAGUUCUUCUUGGGUCAUCAGUCCAAGUGGAAGCCUUAUAUCGAUGUCUUACCGCUAACAUUCGACACCCCCAUGUUUUGGUCUGAAGAGGAACUGUCAUAUCUUCAAGCCAGCGCUACCGUGAACAAGAUUGGCAAGGCUGACGCAGAAGAAAUGUUCCGCACGCGGCUCAUCCCUGCCAUUCGUGGACAUCCGUCUGUUUUUGCCUCGAGCGGUGACUGCAGUGAUGAGGAUUUGAUUGGGCUGGCGCACCGGAUGGGUAGCACCAUCAUGGCCUAUGCUUUUGAUUUGGAGAAUGAAGAGGCCGCGAACGAUGACGAGUCGGAUGGCUGGGUUGAGGACCGAGAGGGAAAAUCCAUGAUGGGCAUGGUUGCAAUGGCGGACAUCCUAAACGCGGACGCCGAGUUCAACGCUCAUGUCAACCACGGAGACGAGGAGCUGACCGUCACUUCGAUUCGUGAUAUCAAGGCGGGGGAAGAAAUCCUCAACUAUUACGGGCCUCAUCCCAACUCCGAGCUUCUUCGAAGGUACGGUUACAUCACAGAAAAGCAUUCACGAUAUGAUGUGGUAGAAAUCCCUUGGAACGCCGUACAACACUCCCUCAUGUCUGAACUUGGUGUGCCACAGAAUAUUAUGGCCGAGACGAUGGACAAGAUGGAUCAAGAUGACCUGGAGGACAUAUUCGUGUUGGAACGAGACUCUGGUGAGCCGAAUCCGGAUGGAACCUUCGCGGGCCCUGCCGUGGUAGAUGGGAUGCCCCCAGACCUGAAGGAGCAGCUCAAGGCAACAAUCAAGCUGCUGCAGAAGGUGGACGGAAAUCUGAUCUCAGACAAAAGAAAGAGAGAUGACAUCUUACGUUCUACAAUGGUUGAGACGCUGAGGCUCAUUGCAUCGCGGUACUCGACAACUAUUGCCGAGGAUGAAAUCUUGCUGGCACAAGACAGUCUUACUCGCCGUCAAAGAAUGGCAGUCCGGGUCAGGCUUGGAGAGAAGAAGCUCCUACAAGAAGCAUUUGAUCAUUUCUCGGAAAUGGUUCUGCAAGAGGCGGCUGACACGGCCUCUGCGACAACGAAAAAGGCAAAGCGAUCCGAAUAA